ACGCUCCUGCCCUCAGCCCGAGGACGAGCCCUUGAGCCAAGCCCCUGCGCUGUCAGUAGGACAACACGGAACCUCCUUAAGAGAGAAGAAAGGGGAGGAGAAAGCGUUGCUCUGGCUCUAAGAACCCCACCUCCCGCUUAUUUCAUCUUCCUUACAAGGCUAAAGCUGGGAGCUUUCCCCUGCCGCCUUAAAAGCAGCGGCAGGAGGCGCGGGGAUCCCGGCGGGAGCAGCCGGGCGGGAGCAGCCGGGGAUGGGGAAGGAGGCGCCGGCGGGAGCCCUGCGGGAGGCGGCUGCUCGCCGGGGCAGGAGUGUGGCGGUAGCCGCUGAAUCCUAAGCCGGGUGUUCGUGGCUGCAGAUCUCCUGAAGGAACGUGAAACCAAACCCAGAAAGAGAUGACUGAGGCGGGAAAAGCGCAGCAGGAGAGGUAAAACGAAAAACUGGCCUUUUGAGGGUAGCUGCUGGGAGCUGUGACAAAGACACCAGAGGAGCACUGCAGAGCUCCUGCAGAUUCCCACCGGAGGCAUCGGCGGGCAGCCGAGGAUGGAAGUGCUGCGCCGCUCCUCGGUCUUUGCUGCAGAGGUCAUGGAGGUGUUUGACAGGUCUCCCACUGACAAGGAGCUCGUGUCCCAAGCCAAGGCUCUCUGCAGAGACUACAUCAACUCCAGGCUGAUCCGAGCGGGCGUGAGCUGGAGCAAACCCGAGUGCAACGUGCCGGUGCCGGGCGGCAAACUGGCCGAGGUGUCGGCCAUCCUGCUGCGGCUGGGGGACGAGCUGGAGUACCUCCGGCCCGCCGUGUACCGCAACGUGGCGCGGCAGCUCAACAUCUCCCUGCACUCCGAGUCCGUGGUGACAGACGCCUUCCUGGCCGUGGCCGCCCAGAUCUUCACGGCAGGCAUCACGUGGGGCAAGGUGGUGUCGCUGUACGCGGUGGCGGCGGCGCUGGCGCUGGACUGCGUGCGGCACGCGCAGCCCGCCAUGGUCCACACCAUCGUCGACUGCCUGGGCGAGUUCGUGCGCAAGACGCUGGUGCCGUGGCUCAAGAGGAGAGGAGGCUGGGCAGACAUCACGAAGUGUGUGGUGAGCACUGACCCCAGCCUUCGCUCCCACUGGCUGGUGGCCGCUGUGUGCAGCUUCGGGCACUUCCUCAAGGCCAUCUUCUUCGUUCUGCUGCCAGAGAGAUGAACUCCAGCCCCUACCCCAUUCCUCCCCAGCUCCAGCAGCAGUGGCAGUGGCAAUCUCUGAAGAGGAGGAAGAGAAGAACCAGGACACACAAAGGGCCUGUUCUCCUCUCCCUUCAGCUGGGAGCAGAUGACCAACCACAGUCUCCUCUCCUGCAGCCGCAGGAGCCCUUCUCAUCACUGAUCCUUUCAAGAGUCUUCUUGCCCCGGGUUACUUGUGUGUGUGGGCUGGAUGUUGCUGGUCCCUGCUGGCAGCUGCAUGCAGUGUGGACUGUCAGGCAGCUGUCCCUGGGGCUGUGUUGCAUGCUAACAAUGGUGCCAGGCAGAGGGGAGAGGGAAGGAGGUAUUAUUGGAUAUGGGAUGUGAAACAGGAGGUGGGGAGAGUCCCUCCUCCACUGCUCCACAGACUCACCUUGUGUUGGUUCUUGUCAUUACAUUUGUGCUCAAAGUCCUUUACCCCAAACUCUGACUUGCUGGGCUCUGCAGCUGCAGGGGGGUUAAUGUGGUAACAACAAAUGUGCUGCCACCAGAUGCUUCUCCUUGAGAUACCUUGGGAACGGGCCUGGAGGGCUGAGUGAGGGGCAGGACUCCAGGGCAGCUGCAUGGGAGGCACUUUGGGAGUGUGGUUCAUUGAGCUGUGCCCACACACUGCUUCAGAGAGGAGAGUGAGGGGCAACACCUUCAAGAAACAACUCAGGGUCGAAUCUGAUACUGAAGACAGCUGUUUUCUCCAUGGAGGUCUCAUCAUGGCCAACCAUGUAAGUAGGAAAGGCUGGGGGUGUGGGCAGGGGCUGGGGACAAGUGAGGGACCUGUCUGGUGCUGGGAACGGGGAAAAGCUGUGUGGAAAGUAGCUGAUUUAUGUUUCUCCUUUACUGUCUUUGGAAGUACAAGUCCCAGUCUUCUUUGUGGCAAACAAUAAAAGAACAUAGGUGGUG